AUGAGUUACACAACGACUACUGUUGAUAGUGAUGAUGGUAUGCACUCCAGCGUCCAUUAUGAAUCACCAGCUUCUGCUAAUAUUGGCAAUGGAUGCAGAAGUAAAGGGAAAGGAAGUGUCCUGAAGAAAGGACCAUGGACCUCAACAGAAGAUGGAAUUUUGAUUAACUAUGUCAGAAAGCACGGCGAGGGUAACUGGAAUGCUGUGCAGAGACACACGAGCCUUGCCCGUUGUGGUAAAAGCUGUCGUCUGAGAUGGGCUAAUCAUUUGAGGCCAAACUUGAAGAAAGGAGCAUUUAGCCAAGAAGAAGAACAGCUCAUUGUUGAAAUGCAUGCCAAGAUGGGGAAUAAAUGGGCACAGAUGGCUGAACAUUUGCCUGGUCGAACAGAUAAUGAGAUUAAGAAUUAUUGGAACACUCGUAUCAAGAGGCGACGACGAGCAGGCUUACCACUUUACCCUCCUGAAAUCCAUGUUGAAGACCUGCGCUGGGGUGAAGAGUAUACAAAGAGUAAUAUCAUAAGAGUAGAUAGAAGAAGACGUCAAGAUUUCUUGCAGUUGGGGAGUUCCAAAGCUAAUGAUCUAUUGGACGAACUGAAUUUUGCUGCCAGCUUGUUACCUGACGCUUCUGACCUAUCAGAUUUGGUUGGAUGCAACAUGCUAGGAAUUGGUGCAAGUUCUUCUUGGUACGAAAGCUACAUGCCACCAAUAUUACCUUCCCCAAAGACAUUCCGGGAAUCUGGAGCUCGGUUUCCUAUAUGCAGCAGUAACAUAAAGCAUGAAUUCCAGUCUCCGGAACACUUUCAGAACGUUGCUCCACAAAAGAAUCCAAGGUCUUGCAGUAUCUCGCCUUGUGAUGUUGAUCAUCUUCCUUACGGGAGCCAAUAUCUAUCUGAUAUGAUGUUUCCAGAUAGCCAUACCUUAACGGAUGGCAUGCUUCUUACUUCUAAGCCCUUGUUUGGGGCAGUGAAGCUGGAGCUCCCUUCAUUCCAAUAUUCAGAAACUAGUGCAUUUGAGCAGUGGAAGACAACACCGUCAUCUCCACACUCAGAUCUCCUUGACUCUGUUGAUGCCUAUAUUCAAUCUCCGCCAUCAUCUCAGGUAGAGGUCUCAGAUUGUUUCUCUUCAUGCGACACCGGCCUACUAGAUAUGUUACUUCAUGAGGCCAAGAUCAAAACUGGUGCAAAGCACAGUUUGUUGUUGUCAUCAUCUGAGAAGAGUUUUGGUUCAAUUACUUGUACAACCGAUGCUACUCAGGAUGUACCACGUGGCAGCGAAACCCAGAUCAAAUCUGGUAAAUUGGAAGACUCCCAGAAGAACUUGGCUAACUCCGAGAUUCCAAUUCCCAUGCAACUUAACGCAGGUGGAAUUUCAUCAGGGAUUGUUGUAAAGUCAGAAGAGUUGGAUCAGGUUUGGGAACCAAAGAGAGUUGAUAUAACAAGGCCUGACGUUUUACUUGCGUCGAGCUGGCUUGACCAUGGUUGCUUUGGGAUUGUUAGAGACUCAAGCAGCAUGAGCAAUGCGCUUGCGCUUCUUCUUGGUGGUGACGACAUUGGAAACAGUUACGCGGCUGUUGGGUCCUCAUCGGGUCAAGCACCACGAGGUGUUGGGUCUUGCACAUGGACGAAUAUGCCUCCUGUUUGGUCCUUGUAA